CCGAGCCGUUGCCUUUUUCCCCCCCGUUUCUUUUUUACGUUCCUCAUGUUCUCCUCCCCGUAAAUGACACCGGAAUACGCGUAGACCAUGGCAGACACACUCUCCAAUAACUUUUGUUCGUUGUGUGGGCGAUCCUUCGACCGGACGGGCUCGGAUAACACCAAUAUUAGGACCUCUUUAGCGUCGCCCGUUGUGGAGGAGUCGGGUCUGCUGGAGAUGCUGGACAUCACGGUGUCUCCCCUGAGAAAAGAGCUGGUGUUCAUUUGCUAUUCGUGUAAGAUGGUGUUCAGCAACUACACCAUGGCCAAAUCAGCCUUCAAAGAGAAAGAGAAGGAGGCCCUGAAGCUGCUGACGGAGCCCGUGGAGAGGAACGAACAGGGGCAGUUGCCGUUUGUGCCCUACCUCAAGCGAAAGUUCAUGCACAGACCCAACUCGGAAAUCCCGCUGGCCAGGCCGACCAAGUACCAGAAGGUCGAGAACUCCGCUUCCGUCACCAACGCGGCCACACUGCCACAGAGACCGGGGGGUGCGGGUGGUACUACCGGGGGGACGGGCGAGCCAGUGAACCACAGCAAGGAGCCACACAGUCAGAACCACAGCCAUGCCAGAAGAGGGGACGGGAGUGCGUCCUACGUGAGCUCGAAAGUGAAGAACUUCAGGUCAGAAGUCGCAAAAUUAUUAGAACAAGGUUUCUACAGAUCGGCUAUCAGAAAACUCUGGAAGAACAGCAAAAAGUUUCGGGGCAGUUUAUUAACAUUUCUCAGUGUCAUCAUUAAGAAUGAAAUGAAAAGUUUACUAAAGCACGAGACGCUCUUCACAAAGAAGAUGACCGACGCAGUGAAUGUAAAUGACAUCUCGUGGGAGCCGACCAUGUCCGUGGUAUCUCAGGUGGCUGAGACGACUCUCCACGUCCUCUAUGCCCUCCUCGGACACCAUCUGGGAAAAGGGUCCAGUGAAGCUCAGGCGGCCAAGCAAAGUUUCAUCGGGAUCUUGUUGUCCAUGGCACUCUACAAGCGGUAUAAGGGCCGGGCCAACUUCCUCCCCCUGCUGCACUCCCUCUAUCUCCAUAACAACGGCACUUCUUUAAAGGUAAAUAGAACGCUACAUGAAAUUGGCCUCACCACUCCCCCCUGCAAGCUGUUUGAGGUGUUGAGGCAGCGUUCGACAGUGCCAUCAGACCCCAUAUGGGAUUGGAAGGAUGAGGUUGAGCACGCACUCAAAAUUGUCCACCACAGACCAACACCUUCCCCACGGAAAUAUAAUGCGGAAAGAAGGAAAUCGCGUAGCGUUCUUCCAAAGCCAACCACAGUGAUCUCGUAUAGCCUGUGCUGGGACUCCAUCCAGCACCCGCAGUACUCAUCGCAAAACCAGAAGAAGAACCCUGAUCCCUUGAUGGCACAGGCCUACGCUGCCAGGAACAGGGUGCCUUUCCUCAUGACGUACAAGGAUCCAGACAUCCGCCUAGCCGAUAACAUCUCCUUUGAGGAGUUUGUGCCCGACUCCGAGGACUUCAUCCGGGUGAGGGAGCAGAUGAAGAAGGAGGUGCAGAAGAUCCUCAUCAAGUAUCUGAAGGUGUUCAACAAACUGACGGUCACAGAACACCACCAGCACUCGGACCUCAUGAUGCAGAAGAACUACACAGUUGAUUUAGGGUCUGUCUUCAAAAGUCCAACAGACAAUGGCAAUGUGGCUCUCAUACUGAAAGACCUUAAGAUGUACAUGCCCUGUGACGAAAGCGAAGCCACUCCACUCUGUGUAUUUGGGAAUAAGCGGAGCGUUGAACGGAUGGUGUGCGCCAAGGAUGUCAUGUCUUGUUUCUCCGAGAAGGAGGACAGAUUAGAUGGCCUGGAGCCCUGUGUGACAGACUACGGCCGUCAAAUACUCUUAGCUCAGGAUAUCAUCAAAAUCUUCUAUCCAAGCGAUUUAACAAGUGAGAGUGGAAGCCUUCACCACAUCUGCACCAGUUUCAAGCCAGGGGUCACGAGAAGCGAAAACCCUGACUUCAAGGCCAUCAGCUCUUUGCUCGAGCUGGUUGCUCACGGCCACACGAUGGCCAUGGCUGAGCGGAAGCUGCACUUGCUGAUGCCCGGCGGGAAUAGUCUGAGCAACGAGGAGAGAAAGAGAAUACUGGAGAAGAUCUCUGAGGAAAUUGUGAAUGAGAUUUGGCCCAAGAUUGACACUGCCUCCUUGGAUGUUGUGCGGCAGUCAAGUGAGCCAGUUAGAGAUGGAGAGUGUUCCUUUGGGGACUGCGUCAAUUUCAAGGACAAGGCCUUGCUGCCGUGUACAGAACGUUGCAGCCGCCCCUUCUAUUUCUGCUGCAAAAAGCCCCUCAAUGACGGUCUUGUGGAAUGCGGCCGCAGGGAGAACUGCCCUCGUGGUGCCUGGUUCCACCUCAACAAGAAGUGCUCGGGAUUGUCCGAGGCUCCGGAGGAUGACUGGCUUUGCAGCUCGUGCGCUUCCAACAUAGACAAGCUGAAACAAGUGGAGCAGGUGGACCGGGUGUGGGAAUACCACCGUGGCCUCCUGUGGUACUGCCUCUUCUUCUGGGUGGCCAACUCGGCCGAGCGCCAAGGGAACGGCUGGCUGCUGCACGCGGUCUGGAAGGUGUGCAUGCCGAUCUUCGAGAACCACGGCCACACCGAGUUCUUGCACCUGGGCUAUUCCUUCCUCUCGGCUGUGGCUGGAAGAAUCUCACGCAUGGCUUCACACGAUGCUGUUCACAACCGGACGGUGAACUUGAAAGGGGGUCCCAACAAUAUGAGCUGGGACAGGGCCAUCGAGAUAUUCAAUCAGGAAUUUCUACGAAAGCCGGAGGACAAGGCAAGUGUGAGCACAAGAGCCACCAGCUGCUGGACGCGGUCAGUGAAUGCGGCCUGGGAGAAGAACAUCUGCAACAAGCCCGACAUGAGGGAGCGGGACCUGAGCCGGCAAGUUGAAGAAUACGUCUCUCUCGUCAACUCCCUCAAGAUCCUGGAUAAAGUGCCUGGCCGUCAGUGGUACAAGGACGUGGAAUUCGCCCACAACCUCUAUGUUAAGGAACCGGAGAACUUCAUCAAGACGCUGAAGAUCUUCUGCGACAAAGAUGUUGCCCGCCAGAUGAACGAGAGGGAGACUGAGUCAGAGGUGCUGGAGUGAACUGCCGAAAGAGGAAAUGCGUUUGUGAGAGAAGGUGUGUUAAAAGUUAAAAGUGAAUAUGUAGAGUUGUAGAGUUCACCACCCUGUUGUUAAGUCUCAGAUGGAUAGUGAUUAAAAGGCUGUUGUAUAAUCCUGGUGUAGCCAUAAUGAUGAAGUCAGUCUUUCGUUAACUAUGUUUUUACUUUCUUUUUUUUCUUAUUCUUUUUUUAUUGUUGACAGACAGUUUAAAGAUAUUUGUAUUUUGUAAAGAAAUAGAAUAUCACGGUAGUCCACUAUAAGCAGUUAGAGUCUCUUGUAUGGGAUCUUUUUAUUUUGAAUGUUUGUGAUUUACAUAACUUGUGUUUCUCCUUGAUAUUAACCCUAGAAGGUUACCAAGUACACAGGAAGAGAAAAACAUUUUCUUAUGUGUAUAUAAGUACACAAUUUUUUCAGAUCAGAUGGUUCUAAUUUGACUAUUAUAUUUUUGGUUUAUUUAUACCAAUUUUCAUCCAGUGUGCACAUAUCGGAGAAAAACACCUGCUGCAUUUUAGCCUUGAAGGGUUAAUUGUUUAGAGUUUUUAUACGAGUUCCAUGCAUAGUCUCUCUCAGAAUAGACUUGAAAUGUAAUCCAGAGAGCCACUCGUCCUCAGCAUACACACUGGACAUGUUUUUGUAAUAGCUGAAGCAGGAUGAGGUACCGGCGGAAGUUUUUUCAAGGGGCAUUGUGCCGAGCUUCCUUUAUUUAUCAUCGUAGCAAAGGUUUGGAGGUUCAGGGAGAGUCAGUGACAAUAACAUUAUAUUUUCAUUUACCUGAUUUGUUGUUGCUAUUGUUUUUUCAGUGUUUUUGUUUUUUUUUCUGUUAUUUUAUUUUUUAUUUUUUUAUUUUUUAUUCUUUAUUUCUUUUAAUUUGUUUAUUUUUUUAAUAUGUAGUUUAAUCCCUAAGUGAUGGGUAUUAGAAAUCUCUCAGAUCAUAGACUCUGAUGAUUUCUGGCAACCGUCCACUCCAUGUAGCAAAACUUACUGCCGGUGUACUCCAGUGCGUCGCCACAUGUAUAGCCAUACUCGGCAGCUCACAUGGUUUGUUAUGAGGGCUAUACACGUGACCUGGCAGUAAUGGGUUAAACCCUAGCUUACACUAGGAAUACAAGCUCUGUGUCUCAUUUCAUGUGCAAGCAGGCAUGCAAGUGACACUCAGAUGUUGAGCUUUUGUUGUUUUCAUUAGUAUUUUCCCUUUUGUUUUCCUUUUGUCCUGGUUUCUUUUUGUAAUAAGGACUUCAUUUUUAUACCAAAGCUGUGUUGCAAUUAUAUUUAGGUAUUAAAUAUCUGGAUCUGUUUACAAACACACCAUACCUGCUGCACACAUGAAAAUAAAUGUACACACAUGCACACGCACACUUGUAAUACACACUCU